AAGCUCACCGUAUAGAUCGCACAAUGACUGGCGUCAAUUUCUGUGUUCGCAAUCUAGCAGACUGGAUGCUGGGAAGUCACUUUUGACCUGUUUGUGAAAACACUGUAGACUCUGGACUAAAGAUGGAUUUGAGCUCAUGUUGUUGGAGGCUGAGAUGUUGGGGAACGAGAGAUCCCGUGUUCCUCACUGGAGUGAGUUUCCCACCUGAUUGGCCCGUCUACAGCGAGACACUUAUUAAACUCAGCGUCUACGGUGCAAACGACGGCCACCAGCAGACGACCAACUUCUUGGGAAGUAGCAGCUUCUCCGUGGCCGAUCUCCUCCAGUCCAAGGACCAGCAGCUUUCUCUCAGCCUGAGGACAGCAGAUGAUUCAGCAACAGUGGGCACAGUGGUGGUGAGCCGGAUGAAGAUGGGUGAGAUUGAGGACGGUGAGGUGGACCACAUCACUGCCGACAUGCACCAGAAGUGCACGCUGGUGUACGAGUCAUCACAUGGUGGUAUUAACGACAAAGACAAUGGACCAAUAAUGAAUGCUGUGUUUAAGAAUGCGGUGUGUAAGGUGUACAGGUUUCAGACGGUGGACAGUAAAUGGAUGUUGGUUCGGGAACAGAUGGCGGAGUGUACGCUGUCCUUCAGCAUCCCGAAGCAGCUCAUCGCCCUCUACAUUCAGGAGGACACCUGCAGGAUACAGGAGCUGAAAGAUCUAGGAGAGCUCUCUCCACACUGGGACAACCUGCGGAAGGACGUGAUCUCUCGCUAUGACCAGAUCAUUAAAGAAUACCAGGACACACUGGCAGAGCUGGAGAAACUUACUGGCCCGUCGUUCAAGCCCAGCUGCAGCAAAGGCCAGAAAUAUCUGGAGUUCAUUCCCAUCAACCUGCACACACAGAGGAUGCGGGUGACGUGUCCAAGGAAAACAGAUUCCUUCUAUGAUGUGGUCACAGUAGGAGCUCCGGCAGCCCAUUCGCAAGGCUUCAAGAACGGAGGCUUGCAGAAACUGCUCAGCAAAUACGAAUCCGAGAAGAAGAGCUACAGCACGGCGUAUCAGUGCAUCUACUAUCCUCCAGAACAGACGGCCAAGGCCCGUGAGAUCCUGCGUGUGGUGUCCCAGCUGCAGCCGCACAUCUCUGCGCUGGCCGAUCAGCUGCUCCAGACGGCCCAGCAGAGCUCCAGCCAGCCUCUCCGAGACAUCCUCAAGAGCCUGGAGGAGAAGACGGAGCAGUUUGUUCACGCUCUGAAGGAUGAGUUAGUGAAGAGCGCUCUCCUGGCGCUGCACGCCGCCCGUCCCGGAUACGUCAGCAAGAGUCAGAGCUCUGCACCGUCCAGCCCGGCCGGGCCGCGCCCCGGCGCCGCAGAGGAGCCACACGGCGUCUGCAACAAUGUGGACGGAUCUAAGACGCCGCAGAAAGAAAGCAAAGUGUCUCCCGUCCGCUCCGACUCCAUCCCGCACCACAAAGAGUACGACGAGGAGGAAUGGGACAGGGUCUGGGCCAGUGUGGCGAAGAGUUUGAAUUGCGUCAUCGCUCUGGUGGAUAAACUACAGGAACAAGACAACAACAACCAGGAAUCAGCACCAGGCCACACGUUGGCUGACGUCAUCACCUCACACAGUCCCGAUCCUCCGCUGACGUUAGCGGUUUGGCGGGAUCAGCUGGGUGUCCUGGUUCAGUCGUUGAAGGAAUGUGUGGCAGAAGUGGCUGAGAGAGCCAGGCGCUCCGUGAGCUUCGUCCUGCUCCAGGAAGCGGCGUGCAGCACGGCACAGGGCCUGCAGCUGCAGCAGAGACGGGACGCCGUCUUCAGCCAGGCACUGGCUGCGCUGGCGUGUGGAUUUGUUAUGCGAUUAUACGCGGGUUUGGAGGAUAAGGGCUUUCUCAGACAGCUGCAUGCCGUUGGGUUGGUGGCCCAGUUUGAGAGCCUGCUGAGUACUUACAGUGAGGAAAUAGGGAUGCUGGAGGACAUGGAAGUGGGGAUUGGUGACCUGCACAGAGUGACCUUCAGGAUCACAGAGGCGGCGUCUGAGGAAGCUGUCAGCCUGCAGCCCACUGUCAGCGGUAGACGAGACCGUUACACUGUCGAGGUGCCUCUCCCACAUCAUGCCUUCCAAGCACUCCCGGAUGAGCUACGUGAGGGCAAGCCGCUACGCGUGCUGCCCGUGCUCUUCAACGUGGGCAUAAAUGAGCAACAAACCAUCGCUGAGAGAUUCGGUGACAUAUCUUUACAGGAGAGAAUAAACCAGAAGAACUUUGAGAUUCUAGAAGGUUACUAUAAAUCCUUAACCAACACAGUGCCGUCUGAAUGCCUGCCGUGUUUUCAGACGCAGACCGACCUUAAGGAACUGCUCGACACCCUCGGCCAGAAUGUAGUAACCAAGAAGAGAAAGAAUGUGGAGAUCCUGUGGCUUGCGGGAAUGAUCUGUCGAAGGAUGAAUGGUAUCCGCUUCACCAGCUGUAAAAGUGCCAAAGACAGGACGUCCAUGUCAGUGACGCUGGAGCAGUGCUCUCUGCUAAGGGAUGAGCACCAGCUCAAUAAAGAUUAUUUUGUGCGAGCUCUGGACUGCAUGCGCAGAGAAGGCUGCCGGAUUGAGAAUGUGCAAAAGAAUAUAAAGUGCAGAAAAUACGCUUUCAACAUGCUCCAGCUGAUGGCCUUUCCCAAAUACUACCGGCCACCUGAAGGGACGUACGGCAAGGUGGACUCCUGAACAGCAGCACCAUUAUUAUCGACAUACUGUUUAUACAGUGGGGUUCAAAAGUUCACACUGAAAGCUGGGAUUCAAAAUGUAAUUUAAAAAUUUAAAAUAAUAAUACAAUUUUAAUUUAAACAGCAAAUACUUCAAUUUAAUAUUAAUUAUUUAUGCAAAUUCCCACUUACCAUUUUUAUAGAAUCUCAGAUGUUUAGACCCUGCUGUACAUAUGUGUGUUUUUGUGCAAGUUCAUAUAUAUAUAUAUAUAUAUUCAGGAACAGGAAAGUUUAAUAUAUUUUCAAAAAGGCCUACUGAUAAGGACAUACUCUUUUAUUUUAUGGUUUUAAGAAAGAAUGCAGUGUUAUUUAAAAAUAAUUUAAAAAUACUAAAUGUAAACUAUACAUUAUUUACAUGUAAAUCAUCAAAUGUGUACAAAUCUUUUCAGUCAAAAGUGAAAAAAAAGUUCGCAAUUUGCAGAAACUGUCUGAAUAUGUUUGCAGCCUGUCAUAUCAGUUGACAUUCAUCACAUGUCUGUAUAUAUGUGUCUCAUGACCAGAGUUUUGUUUUUGUAUUGAGCUGUUUCUGAAAGUGUGCACUGUAUGUUUUAAAUUUGUGUUGGUAUAUAAAGCCAUUUCACACGUUUUA